GCCGCUGGCCUUGACAGUCCGUGUCGCAGCGCGCCUGCUCUGGCUUUCACCUCUCCUCGCGCGCCGGCCAUGACGGGCUCACUGUUCAAGGGGAACUUUUGGAGUUCAGACAUCCUCAGCAGCACUGGCUAUGAGACCAUCAUCCAGCAUCUGAACAAUGGCCGCAAGAACUGCAAAGAGUUUGAAGACUUUUUAAAAGAAAGGGCAUCAAUUGAAGAGAAAUAUGGCAAAGAUCUGCUCAGCCUCUCUAGGAAGAAGCCAUGUGGACAGUCUGAGACCAACACCCUGAAGCGGGCCCUUGACAUCUUCAAGCUACAAGUAGACAAUGUGGCACAAAGUCACAUUCAGCUUGCACAGACUCUAAGAGAAGAGGCCAGGAAGAUGGAAGAAUUCAGGGAAAAGCAAAAGUUACAGCGAAAAAAGACGGAGCUUAUAAUGGAUGCUGCCCAUAAACAAAAGGGCUUACAAUUCAAGAAAACCAUGGAUGCAAAGAAGAACUACGAGCAGAAAUGCCGAGACAAAGAUGAAGCAGAGCAGGCUGUCCACCGGAGUGCCAACGUGGUAAACCCGAAGCAACAAGAAAAGCUUUUUGUGAAACUGGCAACUUCAAAGACUGCAGUAGAAGACUCAGACAAGGCGUACCUGCUGCACAUCAACACUCUGGAUAAGGUCCGUGAAGAGUGGCAGAGCGAACACAUCAAGGCCUGCGAGGUGUUUGAGACUCAAGAAUGUGAACGAAUAAACUUCUUUCGGAAUGCACUGUGGUUACACAUGAAUCAGCUGUCACAACAAUGUGUCAAAAGUGAUAACAUGUAUGAAGAAGUCCGUAAGAGUUUAGAAAUGUGCAGCAUUGAGAAGGACAUUGAGUACUUUGUGAAUCAACACAAAACUGGACAGGCUCCACCAGCACCCAUCGUGUACGAGAAUUUCUACUGCCCCCAGAAGAAUGCAGCCCCACCAGGAAAGCCUACGGGGCCUAACUUGGCAAGGAGAAGACCUCUCCCAAUUCCUAAAAGUUUACCAGAUGACCCUGAUUAUUCUUUGCUUGAUAACUACAAUUUGAUCUAUCAGUAACAUGAAUG